CCACCAGGAGCUUUGUGUCUCUGCUGUUUCAGUACCUUUGUGUGUUUGUGUGCAAGUCCAGGCUUGUCUGAGUGCCCUCCUAAUGUCUACAGUGAUUCUUCUUGUCUCCGUCCCCUAAAGCUUCCGUUUCCUGUGGCGUGCCAGUGUCUUCGAAGAGAAGAACGUCUCUUUCCUCAUAAACAAGGAGAGAAUGACCUCACUGAUAGAGAUCUUUGGGGUUCUGGGUUGUUGGGGGUUUUCAGGCUGACGAGAACCAGACCUUCUGUCAUCUUCAUCCCAGAUGUCAGGUCCUUUUGGCUUGAAUUCUCAAGGAGACACUGGGACGUCCGCCAGCUGCUGACACAUGCACUCAGCCUUAUGGAAGACCCCGCUCUGAGCUCAUGACAACAGUAGAAGUUAGAUCCUCUUGUUCACUGUGCUCUCAGUGAUCCAGUUCAGCUGGAGGAGAUGUAGACGUUCCCUACAGAUCGCAGUAGAAGUUUAGAGCCGUCUGAACCAGGAGGAUCACCAUCACUUUUCAGCUUUUGACCAACCAGGAUCUCUGAAAUACAUGAGUUGGAUUUAACAGAUUCCGGAGGUGCUGAUACUUUAGGUUUUGUCUUAACUGAUGCACAACUGGCUCAGAUAUCAGGAUAUCCUUGAUGGAAGUGUGGGUGUGUCAUUUGUGAGGAUUUGUCAGGGUUUUAACUGGAUUACUGUGUUGGUGAUGCUGAUGGAGUCGACUCACCUCCGCAGGAACGGUACCUGUCAGGUAUGACCCACACCCUGAACCCGUUCUGGAGGUCUCAGGACAGGGGCACCGCUGACUGGUUCGGAGUGAGCAAGGACAGCGACAGCACCCAGAGAUGGAGGAGGAGGAGCCUGCAGCACUGCAGCCAGCUGUACGGGGGGCUGAAGGCCCAGGUGAUGAGGGAGAUGGAGCUGACCAGCCAGGACAAUCUGUCACUGGCCAGCACUGAGACCCCUCCCCCCCUCUACCUCCCACCCCACCACCCCGGUCACCAGCGUCACUGUGGGAUGCAGUGGAUCGUAGACCCUCUGGCCCGAGGCCGGGCCUUCCGCGUGGUGGAAGAGGUGGAUGGGCUCAGCGUGCCGCAGACUCCGCUCACACCGGGCACAGCGUCCCUCUGCUCCUUCUCCAGCUCCCGCUCUGCCCUCAACAGGUUGCCACGGCGACGGAAGCGGGAUUCGGUUGCCGUUAUGAGCAUCAAGGCUGCAGCAGCACUAAUGAGGGGUCGAACGUUAGGUGAGAACGCAGCUGGAAGGAGUCGCAGACGAAGCUUCAUGCCUCCCAGCGUCUUUGACGAGGACACAGAGGAUUUUCCAGAUGAGCUGGACACCUCGUUCUUCACCAGAGACAUUUUCCAGGAAGAAGUAUCCAGUUUUGCUGACGAUGUGUUUGAGACACCUUCUGAGGCGGACCUGAAACAGCUGGAUGAGAGCGUGCUCACAGGAAGUGCCCUGGAUAAGAACAAACUGGAGAGGACUCAUCUCAUGCUGCCUUUAGAGAGAGGGUGGAGGAAGGCGAAGGAUGGCUCUCUAGUCCAGCCUAAAGUGCGUCUGAAGCAGGAGGUGGUGAGUGCAAGCAGCCAAAAGCAGCGAGGACAGAGGAUUACAGUUCCUGUGAAGAAACUGUUUGCCCGGGAGAAGAGGCCGUACGGGCUGGGCAUGGUGGGUCGGCUCACCAACCGGACCUACCGCAAACGCCUAGACAGCUUCGUAAAACGGCAGAUUGAAGACAUGGACGACCACAGGCCUUUUUUUACCUACUGGAUCACAUUCGUCCACCUGCUUAUCACCGUCCUGGCUGUCUCUAUUUACGGUAUCGCUCCAAUAGGCUUCACCCAGCAUGAGACGGUGGACUCGGUGCUGAGAAAUAAAGGGGUUUAUGAAAACGUCAAGUUUGUGCAACAACAGAACUUCUGGGUGGGUCCAAGCUCUGAGGCGCUGAUCCACCUGGGGGCAAAGUUUUCCCCUUGCAUGCGUCAAGAUGAAGAGAUCCAAAAACUGAUCCAGGAGACAAAAGCAAGAGAGAGAGAAUCGGGCUGCUGUGUUCGAAACGAUCGCUCUGGUUGCCUGCAGACAUCACAGGAGGAGUGUUCAAGUACCCUGGCAGUAUGGGUAAAGUGGCCUCAACACCCCAGUGCUCCAUAUUUAAAUGGUAAACUACGCCAGAAUGGUUCAGUCUGCCAUCAGGAUCCCAGAAUUUGUCAGGAACCGGCCUCAGUUUUCCCUCAUGAGUGGUCAGAUGACAUCACAAGAUGGCCGAUCUGCACAAAGUUCAACUCUGGGAACCACACCAACCUCCCCCACAUAGACUGCAGCAUCACAGGCCGGCCCUGCUGCAUCGGGACUAAAGGACGAUGUGAAAUCACUUCCAGAGAGUACUGUGACUUUAUGCACGGAUAUUUUCAUGAGGAAGCUACACUCUGCUCACAGGUGGCCUGUAUGGAUGAUGUUUGUGGUUUGCUACCCUUCCUCAACCCAGAGGUCCCCGAUCAGUUCUCCAGGCUGUGGCUGUCUCUCUUUCUUCAUGCUGGCGUCCUGCAUUGCCUGGUGUCUGUGUUAUUCCAGAUGACCGUGCUGAGAGACCUGGAGAAGCUGGCUGGCUGGCUCAGGAUCUCCAUCAUCUACAUGUUAAGCGGCAUCACAGGCAACUUAGCCUCUGCUAUAUUCCUUCCCUACAGAGCAGAGGUGGGUCCUGCAGGCAGCCAGUUUGGCAUCCUGGCCUGUCUGUUUGUGGAGCUCUUUCAGAGCUGGCAGAUCCUGGAGCGCCCAUGGCGGGCGUUUGCUAAACUCUUUGCCAUCUCUGUCUUCUUCUUCUCCUUCGGUCUGCUUCCAUGGAUCGAUAACUUUGCCCACGUCUGCGGCUUUGUGUCAGGAUUCUUCCUGUCAUUUGCCUUCCUGCCAUACAUCAGCUUCGGACGCUCCGACAUGUACCGAAAGAGGGUCCAGAUCUGCGUUUUCCUGCUGAUCUUCCUGGGCCUGCUCUCCACCCUGGCCGUCCUUUUCUAUGUGUAUCCAGUAAAAUGUGACUGGUGCGAGUACCUCACCUGCAUCCCGGUCACAGACAAGUUCUGCGAAAAGUACGACUUGAACGCACACCUCCUCUGAGUUUCAGAACUGGAACCUCAGUUUUGGGAUGCCAGUGCAUUGAUGGAGUUAAAAAAAGAAAAUAAAGAGAGGGAACCCUUCCUCUGGAAUAAAGUCAUCAUUUUAGCUGAAUCUAUAGGUUCAGCAUUAAAAAAAAGAGGAAAUGAAUUUCCACCUGAACACAAGGAUCAAAAUAAAACUGAACCUUGACAGGCUGGAGGCAAACUGAAGGAGAAGUGUUUGAUUUCAUUUAGGAUGUACCUUCACAUCGCCCCCAAGUGGUCCGAUUGCUUAUUACAUAUGGAGAAGUCUCUGUAGACAAGAUGCAGAAAUGAUUAAAUGUGCCUUAAUUUCAUAACAUGGUCAGAUUCUUAGCAGUUUUUAGUUUAUUUUUAUUUAUUUGCCUAUGUGCAGGCUAUCAACUGUAUCACAUGAAGCUGUAGACAUCAUUUUUAAAGCACUGAAUGGAAACAAAAACUCUUUUAAUCCCACUUUUUCUCCAUGCAGCUCCUUUAUCACGCCUUACUGCUCUAAUUUAUUAUCAAACAUUAGCGUACGACAUGAUAUAUACAGUUAUUGUUUAGAAACGUAUCAUUCUAACUACCCCGCUCGGAGAUUCUUGUGUAAAAGAAUCCUGUAAAAUAUCAUCUUAGUGUUUAGUGACUGAAUCCUGAUUCGGUUACUUUGUUUCUCAGACUUUUCUACACUUUGUUCAUGAAUGGAUUCUGUUUUUAUAUCUAUCCUGAUGUAAAUAUUCCUCCUGUGAAUGAAGCACUCAAAGCUGAAAAACUGUGAAAAUUUGUUGAAGUUGUAAUGACUCUUCCUGUGUGAUGUUUUAUUAAAGAUUGUAGCGUUUUAGCUACACUGUA